GUCAAGAUCUGGUACAAACUACGUCACCCUCACAUCGUGCAAUUAUUCGGGGCCUGCCACAUAAAUCAACCGUUCUUCGUGUGGACAAAGCUCCACGAAGCAGCUCUAGGGCUGAGUUAUCUCCAUUCGCACGGAGUUGUGCAUGGGGACCUCAAGUGCAACAACAUUCUCAUCGGCAGCGAUGGCCACGCAAAGUUGACGGACUUCGGGCUCAGCUUUAUGUCAGACACUACCCAGAUGAGGCACCAUCAGCCAGUGGUAGGUGCUGUUCGGUGGAAGGCCCCUGAAGUCUUACGAGGCGAGGGACCAACGUUUGCGUCAGACAUUUACUCGUUCGGCAUGUGCAUCCUCGAAGUCGUGAGUGGGGAGAUUCCGUGGGGGACGAAUUUACCAGACGCUGUUGUGAAGUAUCAAGUUUUGAAAAAGAAGCGGCUUCCGAAGCGGCCUGAGAACUUCCGCGACGAGGCUUUCGCUCUAAUUGAAGGGACAUGCCAGUACGAUCCGAGCAAGCGG